CCUUAGCUACACAAGACACAACGCACCUGGCCGCUUAAAGUCGGGGUUCCCUGCUUCAAAGCCACCUCGGGGUCGGUUCGAAAAUGCGGGCCCAGAUGGCAGGCCCGCAGGUGCCCAGAGCCUUCACGACGGAGGUAGGUGGUGAGGAAAGCUAAUGUUAGUAUAGUCGUCGGCUUUGUGUUGAGGGAGUAGAGAGCACUCUUCAAGGAGAGAUCUUAAAAAGCAAAUAAAACAACUUUCCAUACUAUAAUUGCUAUUAAUGGAAAGGAGCCUACCCUGCUGAAUUAAGUAGUUCAAAACUGCUUGUUCAUUAUCGGGAGCUCCCUCGCUACAAGGAGGGGAAAGAAAAUGUGAAAACAAAAACCAAAAUCAAGAAGCCUCCUUGACUGGCCGCCGAAGUGUCUAGGAGGCACCUGCCGGGCCAGGAAGCACUCCGCCCUCCCAGCCUCUAGCGCCCCAAGGAAGCUCAAAACAGCAGACAAGCAAAGGCAAAACAAAAACAAACAAUAACGAAAACGCUUAAAUUCCAAGGAGAGAGAGAAAAAAAUGGAGGUGGUCUCCAAAUCUGUACCACGCAGGGCUUGGCUGGGUAACCCACUCAGCUGCUGCUCCUGACCUGGUAACAGCAAUGAGGCUGACGCCCCCGGCCCCGCUAGGGAGCACAGCCCACAGCUCCCCCUUGCCAGGCGCCCAAGGACCCUCAAGGCGCGGGGCUCACACUUGAAGCCUGGGAACGCUCAGACAGGAAACCCACUUCCUCCUAAGCAGUUUCUUGCUAGCCGGAUGAGAGGCGCCCAAUUGAAGCAGAGUGAUCCUCAUCUCCUAAUAUCCAGCGUGGCCACAAAGCGACCGGCCAUUUACGCCGCCACUUUAGACAAAGAUAUUUGGUUAUUCCCGGGGAAGCGAGUGCACUUUUGCAUGGCUGAGCUCCGGGAGGAGGCGAGCCUCAGCCCAGCCUCCCGCCCGCUGGGCUGCGGGCGUCGAGAUCUUCGCCUCCUCCCGGACCACGAGUUCCACCCGGGUUCAGACUCAGUUCCACUCUGCAACGGACCUGCGGGCGCUCACGCGGCUCCCGGCCCGGGAUUUCACUGAAGCAUCCUAGGGGAAAACAGCGGGGAUCGGAGCUGGGGUGCUGGGACUGGGAUGUCUUCGGAAAGACAGCACCAGCUUCGGAAGCCGAAGUAUCCAGGCCAUGGGCAAGGGUCAGGGGCACCAGCGCUUAUGCCCCGCCUCUGGUGGCUGCCUAAAACCUGGCGCCGGGCUAAAACAAACGCGAGGCAGCCCCCGAGCCUCCACUCAAGCCAAUUAAGGCGGACUCGGUCCACUCCGUUACGUGUACAUCCAACAAGAUCGGCGUUAAGCCGACGCCGAAUCAUGUCGAUGAGUCCAAAGCACACGACUCCGUUCUCAGUGUCUGACAUCUUGAGUCCCCUGGAGGAAAGCUACAAGAAAGUGGGCAUGGAGGGCGGCGGCCUCGGGGCUCCGCUCGCAGCGUACAGACAGGGCCAGGCGGCCCCGCCGGCCACAGCCAUGCAGCAGCACGCCGUGGGGCACCACGGCGCCGUCACCGCCGCCUACCACAUGACGGCGGCGGGGGUGCCCCAGCUCUCGCACUCCGCCGUGGGGGGCUACUGCAACGGCAACCUGGGCAACAUGAGCGAGCUGCCGCCUUACCAGGACACCAUGCGGAACAGCGCCUCGGGCCCCGGAUGGUACGGCGCCAACCCAGACCCGCGCUUCCCCGCCAUCUCCCGCUUCAUGGGCCCGGCGAGCAGCAUGAAUAUGAGCGGCAUGGGCGGCCUGGGCUCGCUGGGGGACGUGAGCAAGAACAUGGCCCCGCUGCCCAGUGCGCCCCGCCGGAAGCGCCGGGUGCUCUUCUCCCAGGCGCAGGUGUACGAGCUCGAGCGACGUUUCAAGCAACAGAAGUACCUGUCGGCGCCGGAGCGCGAGCAUCUGGCCAGCAUGAUUCACCUGACACCCACGCAGGUCAAGAUCUGGUUCCAGAACCACCGCUACAAGAUGAAGCGCCAGGCUAAGGACAAGGCGGCGCAGCAGCAACUGCAGCAGGACAGCGGCGGCGGCGGAGGCGGCGGUGGCGGCGCGGGAUGCCCGCAGCAGCAGCAAGCUCAGCAGCAGUCGCCGCGCCGGGUGGCCGUGCCGGUCCUGGUGAAAGACGGCAAACCCUGCCAGGCGGGCGCCCCUGCCCCGGGAGCCGCCAGCCUGCAAGGCCACGCGCAGCAGCAGGCUCAGCAGCAGGCGCAGGCGGCGCAGGCGGCUGCCGCGGCCAUCUCGGUGGGCAGCGGUGGCGCGGGUCUAGGAGCACACCCGGGCCACCAGCCGGGCAGCGCAGGGCAGUCCCCGGACCUGGCGCACCACGCAGCCAGCCCCGCAGCGCUGCAGGGCCAAGUCUCCAGCCUAUCCCAUCUGAACUCCUCGGGCUCGGACUACGGCGCCAUGUCUUGCUCUACCUUGCUUUAUGGUCGGACCUGGUGAGACGUGGGAUGCGCCCGAGCCCUGCGCGACUUCACCGCUACCCAUCUCUGCCUUCCGCAAAGACCACCAUUCGCCCGCUGCUCCAAGCGCUUCUACUUUUCUUAAGAACCUGUUUAUGUUUAGACCAAGGAAAAGUACACAAAGACCAAACUGCUGGACGACUUCUUCUUCCUCCUCCUCCUCCUCCUCCUCCUCCUCCUCCUCCCCUUCUUCCUCUUCUUCCUCUUCUUCUUCUUCUUCUUCUUCUUCUUCUUCUUCU